AUGCCCGUACCAUGGAGUCGCCUUGUCAACGCUGCUAUCGUCAGUGCCCUCAUUGCCAUUGGUCUCAGCUACCUUUGUCCACCCAUACUCGGAACAAUAGGCUUCACCCCAGGAGGUGUUGCGGCAGGGUCCAUGGCCGCUGGAAUUCAAUCAUCAAUCGGCAACGUGGUUGCAGGAUCCAUGUUCGCAAUCUGCCAGAGCAUUACCAUGGGUGGCAGCAUUCCCUUCCUUUGGAUAAUUACAUCGGCGACAGCUGCAGCAGGACUAGGAGCCCUGAUUGGAUGGGUCAGUGGUCCAGACAGGGGAGACAGCACCAGUCCGAUGAGCCGUUUCUGGAGCCGGAUUCAGAGCACAGCACGCAGUAUAUUCCAGGAGUCCAGCUAUAUGUGGAGGAAGAUUUGGCAAUGGUUGUAG